UGAGCGCGUGUUUGAGAGAGAGAGAGAGAGAGAGAGAGAGAGAGAGAGAGAGAGAGAGAGAAAGGAGGCGGUGUCUGGUGACCGAGGAGGAGGAGAAAGCUCCCGGUCUUCUCGUCCUCGCAGCUCCCUUUUUGCAGUCUAUCCUACAAGCAGUCGGGUGCCACCGGAGUGCCCGGGGCCGUGGACUUAUUUUUCCCUUGGAAUCAGAUAAAUUGGAAACAAGCAAACUAUCCCAGAAGAUGUUCUUCUUUCUGCUACCUGUCGUGGCUCUCUUGCUGAGCAGAGAAACAGCGGUCUCCGGUAUCAGUAACGACAAAUGGCUGAGCACCGUGGCUCAGUAUAAGGACAGAUCCUGGAACAGAUUCAGAGAUGAAGCGGAGGAUGACUACUUCAAAAGCUGGGCUCCUGCCAUGUCUCUGGACCAAGAACGAGAGGCCGAACCUAGCAGAUAUGGAGACCCAGGAACUAAAGCUCACCCUAGCUCAGCCAAGAAGACAGUACAGGAUGGUCCAGACGCUACAAAGGAUCCUUGUCUGAAUGUGCGCUGCCCUCCCCACAAGGUGUGUGUCAGCCAUGACUAUCAGACAGCCAUCUGCACCAAUCACAAGCAGCCAACUCACAGUGUGAAACCCAGGAAAGGCAGCGCGGGUCACAAGCACAGGCUUGAAACUGGUGCUCAUGGGAAAUGUAGGCUCUGCUUGGGGCUCCAAUCAAAUCCUGUGUGCGGAUCUGAUGGACACACCUACUCCUCCAGGUGUAAGUUGGAGUUUCAAAGCUGCCUGUCUGGAAAGACGAUCUCAGUAAAAUGUGAUGGUCUGUGUCCCUGUUUGCCUGGUCAGGAGCUCAGCAAACCACCACAUAAGACUGAAAAGGCUGGCCUGCCUGACCCUGCUGUGACUCGGAAAGAGAGAGAGAAAAAUGCCUGCACCGACACAGAGCUCCACAGUCUGGCUGCAAGACUAAAGGACUGGUUCGGAGUUCUCCACCUCGACGCCAACAGAGACCUCAAAUCCUCUGACAGCUUCGACUCCACCACUGGACACUUUGAUACCAGCAUCUUGCCCAUAUGUAAAGACUCACUGGGCUGGAUGUUCAACAAACUUGACAUGAACUUUGACCUCUUGCUGGACCAAUCAGAGCUGAGUGCCAUCUACCUGGACAAGUAUGAGCUGUGCAUGAAGCCCCUCUUCAACUCCUGUGACUCGUUCAAGGAUGGAAAGCUGUCUAACAAUGAGUGGUGCUACUGCUUUCAGAAACCUGAGGGGCUGCCCUGCCAGGCUGAGAAGAGCAGGAUCCAGAACCAGAGUCGAAGGAAGAGCCUCAUAGGCUUUUAUAUUCCCCGUUGUACCGAGGAGGGCUACUUCAAACCAACCCAGUGUCACAGCAGCACCGGCCAGUGUUGGUGUGUUGACAAAUAUGGCAACGAGAUCGCUGGCUCUAGAAAACAAGGCAACCCUAACUGCGAUGAGGACCAGGAGACAUCAGGGGACUUUGGCAGUGGUGGUGCCGUCAUUCUCCUUGACGACCAGGAGGAGGAGCCCUCACAGAGCGGGCGGAGCCGGCAGAAGAAGAGACGGGGCCGGAUUCACCCCCGAGGAGCCAUCGAGGACGAUGAGGACGAGGAAGACGAUAAGGAUGACGAGACUGGCUACGUGUGGUAGCUCCGCUCCAUUUAAUUCUGCCAUCAGCCGACCAGGAAACUCCGUUAACUCAGCACAGAUCAGAAGCCAUUCCAAUGUCUCCUCCUCCACUUACUUUGGCAGCAGUCCAUCUUUUGGCUCCUGAACUUGCUCUUGUUUUCCCUGUCCCUUAUUCAUGUCUCUUUCUUCAGUGAACCUCAUCCAACCUCUUCCUUUUCCUCUGUGUUUCACUUUUUCCUCAAAUUGAAAACACUAAAUUCAUCUGAUUUCAACAACUGUCAAGAUCCUGAAUUCUGCUCAAGCUGUCCACUUUCUGCAUCUGCCUUCCCCCAAACCUGCAAUCUUUACCCUCUUCUAACACGGACACACUUCUCUAUUUUCUCUAUGAACUCUAUCUCCUUUUUUUCUCUUAUAUUGUCCCUCUCUCUGCUAUCUCUGUAUAUCUAUGUCAGAGCCUCUGGUUAGUCUGUGAGCCUUGAUACAUUAGCUGAUGUACUGGAUGUAAAUAUGUUUCCUUCAGGAAGGCCAGAUUGUGGAUUAAACCCCCCCCCCCCCCCCCCCCCACCUAAUCCAUCACUGGUUGCAUUCUCAUGUACUGUGUUCCACUGUCGGGCUCCUUCCAGUGUUUAAAGAUGUUUCCACAACAUGUUCCCAGGCUCUGAGAUGCUCCCUCUUUCUCUCUCUCUCUCUCUCUCUCUCUCUCUCUCUCUUUCUCUCUCUCUGUUAUUUCAUGGAGGAUUGUAAAUUAUUUAACCGUUGAUCUUGAAUGUCCCAGAAAGCCCAGGAAGCAAUGAGAUUAAUGAUGUAUUGUCGUUGUUGUUGCAUGUUUCUCAUCGUGUUUCUGUAAAAGAGAGAUUUACCUGGCCAGGUCUAGCUCUAUGCAUCUCAAACAGAAAGUGAUGCCUAUUUGGCUGCUACAAUACUUUGUUGCUAUGUUGAUGCUGUCUAGUGUCUUUUUGGUUCUUCUCCCAAUCUCAGGAGGUAGGAAGUUGCAUUGCAGAGCGAUAGCAGUGUAGAAAAGUGAACUGCAAGGCCUAAAGUCCAAAUCUGUGGCGUUUCAGCCAGCUAUUCUUGUACUAAUUGACCAGUAGGGCUUCUGAGGCUGUUUGACUGUGCAUAGACACUAGAGGAAGAAGCUGCUCCUGAGCUGGGAGGAAACAUGAUUUCGAGCGAGCAGAGAAGAUGCUCUGUUCUACCUCCCAACACUGGAUAUGUUCGUGAUUUAAAAUUGAAAUCCUCACCAUGUCAACUGAGUGAACUUUUAUUUGUAACUUUGAAAAUUUAAGUAAAGUGGCACUUUGGGUGUCUUUUGAACCUUA